AUGGAUUUGUCAAAUUUUGCUUCUGUUAGUUGUUCCAAAUUUUAUGUGCAAAAGAAUAAAAAUGAUAUGCCUAUACCUUACGUCCCUAAGAACUUACGGGAUUCUAACCUAUCGGGCUACAGCAGUUCUGAAGAAGAAGAAGAGAUAGAAAUUGGAAAAGGUGCGGGCGACCAUAUUCUUGCUUUUGAAUCGGAGUCGGAAGAAGAAAGAGCUAUGAUAGAUAAAGAUAUCGUCGUUUCGGAUUCAGAUAUGGAUAGUGAUUAUUCGAAUAUUGAAGAAGAGGAGCCAAUAAGACCACCCAAGAAGAAAACAAAGAAGCAGACAGCUACUUACAACUGGACGGAAGAUGACUUGCCCAUGCAUUUAUUGUUACCCCCAGAGGUUCCACAAGUCGAAAAUAUAAAAAUGCCUUUAGAGUACUUCACCAAAUUCUUUUCGUUUGAUCUUAUGCAAAAAAUAGUGGAUCAAACUAAUCUAUAUUGUACUCAAGUGACCGGUAGCUCUCUUGACCUGGAUAAUUUUGAAUUUACCUCUUUCUUGACAAUAGUUCUUACUAUGGGGAUAAUAAAACUACCAGCAAUUUUAGAUUAUUGGUCAAUUCAUACAAGAAUACCACAAGUUGCAGAUGCGAUGCCUGCGAGACGAUUUAAAAAAAUACGCCGCUUUCUUCAUUUUGCCGAUAAUUCCCAAAUCACAGAAGAAACAAAAGAUAGAUUCUACAAGAUACGCCCACUAAUAAAUAAAAUAAAAGCAAAUUGUCGACAGUUUCAACUCGAGAACCAAUAUUCCAUUGACGAAACAAUGGUUCCUUACAAGGGGACUUUUGCAGGCAAUCUUCGUCAGUACAUCAAAAACAAACCCCAUAAAUGGGGGUUCAAGUUGUUUGUUAGGGCAGGCGUUUCGGGCUUUAUAUAUGAUUUUAUACCGUACCAAGGAACGCAUACUUUCGAUGAACUUCGCGAUACACCAAACUAA